AGAGGGACAGAGCGAUUCGAUUGUAGGACUGGAUACGCGAGGUCUGACAGGCUCUUGUCUCUCCUUACACCGCUAGCCGACAAUUUGGUGCCGGUUUGGUUCUUUCGUUACACAUUAUCAUCAACAGCCAAUAGGUGCCGUCGCCGGCCUGGAACUUGCCCUCCGCUAUUGAGGGGAUCUCGCAGCCUCGCAUCCCGCUGCUCUUCAAGAUGGUUGUUGCGGCUCAGUUUCCCGAUCAACACCGCAAGAGGUUCAGAGAAGAGGAUGGGGACACUUCUUCGACCUAUCCGGUCGGAUUCACUGAACACAGAACCAAACGCCUCCAGUCCCUCCCGCUUAGGACGUCUCCGGACUCGAAACAAUGGUUCGAUCGACCGAGCUUCCGGCAGCCGAACGCUUUCGCCGCCACGAGCAAUGUUCAAACCAUCACACCGGAGGAGCCGAUAGAGGAGCACAUGUGGGCAGAUGAGCCUGAACUGGUUCCGGCCGCACCACAGCUCGACAACGACCUGGACAUGAUGGACAUGGCAGAUUCAGUCGCGAGCCGUGACCAGACAGGCCUCGAGGGUCAGAUUCGCGAUGGACAGGUUUCAUCUCGCGCGGAUCGAGACGCACCCAGCGUGACUGGCCGCAUACCGACGCCGAUCCACUGCAGUUUUGCGGCGCAAGUCCGGGGCAACAACUGGAACGGCGGAAACGCGGGCCACGGCGAUAGCCUUCCGGCAACGCUCGAAGAGCAGAGUGCAGCAGCCUUAGACAAUAAUCAGCUGGUGGACAUAUCUACCCAGAAGUAUACCUCGGCAACAGCCACACAGGCCAUGGCAGACUGGAGCGUGGUCCAGAACCGGCGACUCCCGUCGCCCAUCAGCGAGUGCGGGGCGGAAGAAAGCCAAGGGAGUGCAAGGAUGGCGCUGGAUUCGCCAUCUUCGCACGGUGACAGCUUGAGCCGCGUUACGCAUGAGCACCCCUUGGUGGCCGGGCUCCCGCUCCGCGGAAGCUCUGCAAUGCCAGCGCGGUCGGGACGGGAAGGCACCCCCGCGGUCGACAGUCACGGUGGCAAUGCCAUGGAUGUCGAGUCUUCGGUCACACCAUCACUGCCGAAGAAGGGACACACCAGGUCCAAGCACACGCUGAACUCGUGGACGGCAUUGCAACCCGGCAUGACGCGGACGUUCAGCAUAGGGUACCGAGCGGACUGCGAACGGUGCCGGAACAAGGUGCCAGGCCACUUCAACCACAUCAUCAUCUCUUAGGAGGGCUACGACGGCCAGCAUAUGACUAUGAUCGAGCCGGCGGCUUGCAGAAUCAAGAAGCCGGCACAAGCCGGCCCUGUGUCGGCUUGCUAAUAAUGCGUGGAUACGAAAGGUAGUUUCUGAUACUGCAGGGCGCGGGCGGUUUUGCACGGCGUUUUUGGUCACGUACGGGAACGAUAGGCGCUUGAGGUCGUCGCUCAUUCAUAGCUUAGCGUGGGAA